UUCCCCUAGAGCUCUCAGCCCCCAGUUGUAGCAGUGUCAUGGCGUAGUGUGUCCGCUAGCUCUCACCCAUCGCAACCCCAUCCCACCACAACCAACGCACCCCAAAUCCCAGCCAAACAACUCAAACGGAGCAACCAUUCCCCCGGAGCAAAGUUUCUACCGCGUUUGUUCAAGUUCAAGCGCAGGCUCAUACAUACUUGAGCCGAAAUGCCUCCGACAUCGUUGAAGGACGUAGUGCAGCCCGCCAGUCUGGGCUUUACCCGGGUCCUGACCACCAUCCAAGUCGACGUGAACAUUGACGAUCUAGGGAACGUCCGGAUAGACUGUGUCCGAGAAGACAAAGACCUGGGCACAAGGGCCCUGCUGCCCAGGAAAAGCUACUGGACUGAGGAAUACAGAUGGGAUAGACUUACGGUCGGAUCGCCAGUCGAGAGGAGAAAUUGGUCCCUGAAGAGUAUCGCAGAAGGGGUUGACGCCCCAGCAGAGGAGUACCUACGGUACAUCGAAGGAAGGACAAGCCCCGAACCAGAAGCAUCGGCGGCUGUGCCAGAGACAGAGGAACCGGAGUCGACAGACGGAGAGAAGACAGAAGACAGUGACGUAAGCUAUCCCAUUCCUGCAAUCAACAACCUCGACACAGCAGUCGAGGCUGAUGAGACUUUCAGUUCUGAAGAAGAAGAAGGAGAGGACAGACCACCUGCUCCUCCUCCCAGGGUUGAUAGUGUUACCAUCGAAGAAGAGGAAGAACCAGACGAGACAAUAACAGAAACAGACAUCACACCCGAUAGAACACAACCAGAAGAUGCAGAAGAACAGGAAGUAGAAGAGGUUGUGUUAAGAAUUGUAGAACCGUUGGACGAAACUGUCUUAGAAACCGUAAGAAAGUCUGAGCAAGUAUACGCACUUCCACCGGAAUCCCAAGGCAUCACACAAGACACUUCCAUUGAAGACACCAUCAUUCCAGAUUCAGAUCAGCAAGUAGAAGACAUAGAAGAGGCAGGUGUAGACAAAGCUGAGUCUGAUGAGGAAGUAGUAGACGAUUCCCAGUUGAAAUCCCCAACCAAAAGAGUGCGUUUUAGUCCUGAGGCAAUAUAUGUCAGCACCGCCCAAGAAGAUAUAGAGGAAGAUGAAGAAGGUGUGACAUUGUCCCCAAUCCCCGAAGAAGACACAACCCCGGGAAAGCAGAUCAAGGAACCCGAUACAACUCAUGAAGAAGGUGAGGAAGAUGAUAGUGAUGCUACAGAAGAAGUACAAGAUACCAAAAUAUCAGUAGAAGUAGACGUGCACGUCUCAGCAGAUCAGGAAGAAGCUGAAGAUGCUGAUGAAGAUGCACCUCUUGCAGAAGAAGAGAUUCUCACAAGCGACGACGAAGCAACGGGAUCAACAGCAGACGACAAGGAAGAAACCCAAACAGAAGUUACAGAAGAAGGUGAACCCAAGGAAGAAGAGAGUGGGCCUUCUGCAGAAGAAGCUCACGACAGCAAAGACGAAGCUGAUGACAAGGAGCAAGACGAGGAGGGAGAGGAGCCUCAAGCUUCAGAUGAGAAAGCUUCGAUGGAAGAGGAAGAACCAUCGCAGGAGGACGAAGCUGUAAAGGAAGAAGAAGCAGUAUUGGAUGAAUCGGAUGUCUCUUCCGUUCCCAGGGAAUCACUUGGGGAGGAAGAGCUUCAGGCACUGAUAUCCGAUGACUGGUAUCUGCUAACGUGCGACGAGGCUGUUGAUGAUGAUGACUUCCCCCCGCUGUACGGCUAUUGGCCGCCAAAGUCGCCAGUGGGAGGGCAGGUUUCUGAACCCGUUGUCGUUGAGUUUGCCGAGUCUUAUGCAGAGGUGCUGAAAAAGGCACCUCCACUAGCAGAAGAGGAAACCCAACCAGAGGACGAAACUCCUACUGAUACUGAAACACCUCAAGAGGACGAGGCCACUUCGGAUGACAAAGCUCCUUCAAAAGACGAAACUCCAUCAGAUGAUGAAGUCGGUCCUGAGGAGAAAACUCUUCCAGAGGAUGAAACUUCAACUGAUACUAAAACACCUCAAGAGGAUGAGGCCACUUCACAAGACAAAUCUCCUCCACAAGAUGAAGCUGCAUCGGAUGAUGAAGCCAUUCCUGAGGAGGAAGCUCUUCCAGAGGAUGAAACUUCCCCAGAAGAGGAAGUCACUUCAAAGGAUGAAGUUCCUUCAGAGGAGGAACCCACUGACAAAGAUGCUAAGGAAGACGAUAGUACACCCGUUGGUCCCGAAGAUACUCCGAAGGACGAGGAAUCCGAACCAGAAGAGGAGAAGACAACACCAAAAGCAGAUGAACCAGAGGAAAGCCAAGAUGAAGACACUAAGGCCUCAGAGGACAGUCCAUCUCCAAAAGAAGAGAUAUCUACCCCGGAUGACGAAAAAGAUCAGGAAUCCGAAGAGGAGGAAAAGAGUCAACCACCUUCCACCAAACAACCGGCAAAAGAGGAGGAAGACCCUCAGUAUUUUUACAACCGGAUGUUAUUCUACUGGAUGACCAGCGGAACGUCGUUGGUGACAGCUAGGUAUUCUGACAAUGAAUCGAAUUCCGAUGAGUGGGACCUGUCAGAUUAUGAAGCCGGAGAGGAGGACUUUCCUCCCCUCAGCACCUAUAGACCCCCCAAGUCGCCGAUUGGAGGGAAGCCGACAGAGCCAGCUGCCACAAAAUUCGCGGAAUCUUUCGCUGCCGUCGUUACAAAGCCACCACCGGUUGUUGAAGAGGUCGUAGAAGAAGCCGAGCCAGUAGAGUCAAUACCGCCUACACAAGAUUCAGGGCAGGCAGAAGACGUCUCGUCUGAAAAAGAGGAAGAACAAGAAGACGGCCAGACAGGGGAGCAUGCGGUUCCUGAAGAAAAAGGAGAAGAUGAAGUUGAAGAGUUGUCUAAAGACGAUGAUCAUGAUACUGAACCGCAAGAAACCAUGGCUGACGAAAAAGAUGAAAAACUGUCAGUCAGUGAUGGUGCAACCUCUGGUGAUGAGGUUGUCGAGAUUCCGUCAGAAGUGACGGUAGGCGAUGACAAAGCAGAUGAUGAAGAAGAUAUCGACGGUGGAAGCUUAGAAGCCGUAAGAGGCGACACACCCACAGACGAAGACCUAUCUGAGAAGGCAGACUUCGAGUCGUCUGAGAAAACGGAGGGCGAAGACAGCACAGGUGCUGACACAAGUUCUGUGGGCAGCACGGAACAUGACUUGAAAAAAUCAGAUGAUGCAGGCGAGAUAUCUGCUGAUGAUCUACCAACAGAUAAAGCAGAUGCCAUCAAACCAUCAGCAGAUGACAACAUUGAAGAGGGGAAAGAUACCCCUGCAGAAGAGUCCGUUGAAGAAACCAUCACGUCAGAUCACGAAGCCAGCGAUGAUGAUGCUGAAGAGCCUGUCAAAGAGGAAGACAACAAGCGAAGCCCGUUACAGCGUCAGGGAGCAAUGUCGAAAGGAGAAUCUGUCGAGAGCCAAGAGUCAGCUACUUCCGCUGAUACCAGCGAUAAAGCUGCUGUCUCAAAAGCACCAGCCAAAUCCUCAUCUACAGACGAGUCAGACAACCAAGAUGAGGUAAAAGCAACCGAUGACACCCCGGAAGAAGAUGUAGAAACGGGUGACGAUGAAGACGAUGCUUUGAAUAAGGUACAGGAGGGAGAGGUUCUCGAGGACAAGACACGUGGAACCAAAAACGAAGACUCGUCUGACAGUGAGGAUGACAGUAGCUCUAAGAUCCAACCACAAGCACUAGCCACAGGUGAGUCACCACCAAGGGAUGAUACGAAAGAACAGUGUGAGUUUUCAGCUGUAACAAGCGCAGAUCGUGAAUAUCAACCUAACACGGGGGCUUCAGAUCAGGGAAACACAGAGUGUGAUUCUGAUGGUCAUUGUUGUAGCGAGCCGCCGCAAGCAGUGUCUUUGCCACAGAGUGAAAUGUCAUGCCCCGAGCAAGAUACAGGAAUGCUCCGGGUGCUGCCGUGGGCUAGAUGGGAGAAGAUCGAUGACACCUCCCCGCGGACGGUACGGCGGAGACCGCCAUCCCUCGAACUCGAAGCACCCGUCUGUGAGGCCACGUCGGAAGAAUCAUCUCCGAUACAACAGAGUGCUGAGCCAAAGGACAUAAAGGAGGCCAAUGAGUCGACGCCAAGGAGGAGAAGCUCAACGUCAUCAGCUGAUACAUCAGAGGAAGAAGAGGAGGAGGAAGAAGCCAUUUCUUCUGGUGACGAGGAGGGUGAGUUUGACGUACCAGAGAGAACAGAAUCUCCAGAAGAAAGGAUGACACGCACAGACGCGUGGGCGACCUCAGGCGGAACCUUGUACAUAGGCUCGGCUACUAGAAUGGUAAGGAAGCAGCUGCCGGACAUUCCCGAACACAGCGGGGAGAACGACUCGGAAGCCUCCGACAAUGACGAUGAUGAUAACCAGCAAGACGAAGUAGAGAGACCGAGGCAAAGUGCAAAGCUAGCAGAUUCAGGCAGUAGCGAGUAUACACACGAUAGGCAUCACGAAGAAGCUGAGAGUUCUGAAGAAUCAGAACUAAACGAAGAAGAACUCCAUUAUCUAGACGACGAUGAUGAAGAGCAGGUCAUGAUGGUUGAGGAAAACAUACCUGAGGGUAAUCCGCUAUACUUGCGACAAGUUCAGGGAGAAAUAUACAUGUCAGAGAACACACUCACAAAGGGUGAUACAUCUUCAGAUGAUUCGGAGGACGAAGACAAACAGCAGGCUGAUCUUCUAAGGGAACACGAUCGGCUGGUGGAGUUACAGGAGGAUCUCUUCGAGAAAGACAGUUUGGAUGACGUAGACUAUCACGUGACGUCUUCUGACCUGUUGGGAGAACGUGACGACCAAUCAAAUCUGUCUGCAACAGAACCGACCGAUUACCGGUGUGACGACGUUCAGGAUGAAGAUCUGAUAACGGUUGAACAGGCAAAUCCCUCAAAUGCCAAUGAAAUCUUCGUGGCGUCUGAGGGACCAGGUGAAGAUAUGGAUUCUGAUCAUGAAGAAUUUCAGGUGACAGUGUCAGAGAAGCACCUGGCAGACACAUCAACACAGCACCUUAUAGUCAUAACAAAAGAUACAGAUGAGGAGAAAGAUCGUUGUGAGGAAAAGACAUCUAUGGACUCAUUCGAAAGUACCGGUCCUUCUACUGAAGGCAGUUCAGACAUUUCUGACGACGACGCUUCUGGCAAACUGAAGCGACGACGCAGACAAAAGUACGGUGCACAGCGUUCUUUUACGGAAUCUAUCCACCAUGAUCCGGACAGUCCAACGUACAUAUCUCGAAUGCAGUUUCAGUUCAGAUCAUCUCAAUCGGAUUCAGAUACAGAGCAACAUGUGGAGAGUCUUCCAGAGGAGCAGGAGUGCACACCGACACAGGAAAAUAUUCCUUUCGAUUUGGUGGCUGGAAUAAGUCAACAAGGCGAGGUAAUACGUACUGUUGAAGAUGAGGUUAAUGAUGACAGCACAGAAAAAGCAGUGCAAGAACAAGUGGCUGAUUCUGUGGUUGGCAACGAUCAAGAGGACGAUACUUUUGAUCAACUUUCACUGGGGCAAGGUACAGAUACAGAUAUGGAACCUGUUAUUUCAUCUGAUGUAUCUAAAGAUGAUAGUCGGCGAAGAUCUGCAGAGUACACCGAUUCGUCUGAUUCUGAAAGUGACACCGACUCAGAAUCUGAAACGUCUGCGGACUCCAUCCUUGCCGCACCUGGCGACGGUAGCGGACCGUCGGGUCCAUCUGGUGGCCAAUACCGUACGCCAAUUGCAACCGUCCCCGUGACGUCGUACUACGUAACAUCAGGUGUUCCAUUCACCAUGGACCCAACGAAUUCUGACCACGUGGAGAUCCCACCCAUGCCAACAUCACCGAGGCAUAGCUGGGGUAUGCAGGCAAGCUACACCUUUGAGGAACACCAGCCCGUGACCACCGGUCUGCUGACCCCUAUCAUCAAUGGCCACAUCCCUGUGGUCAAGCAUCACGUCCAGUACGAUGACCUGAAGCGUCCAAUCAUACCCAUCUUGUUGGACAUUGGCGACAAGCUUAGCCCUGAAUACUCGGGUGAAGCUAAAACAUCAACAACCGCCAGCGAACGGGAAAUGUUGUCCCCAUCGCCGUACGACAAUCUUCUAGAAUCAGACCUAGCUGAAGGGGAGGCUCAGGAAGGUCUGAACGUAGAGAGUCUACAGCCGAUGAGCUGUCGCUGCGUCGCCCCACCACCAGACCGAAAACCAUUCGAGUCACCGUCCGAUGAACUCGAACUCCCACCCAACCCCGACUUUGAACCGAUGGACUGUCUUUGCACCCAUCCUCAGAAGGAAGCCAGAGUGGUCUGGUCGCCAAAGCAUACACCAAGUCCACGGCAUUCUCCACAGAACGUUGAACGAUGUUAUGAAGCCAUUUCGAACACGCUUGCCACAAGCAGGCAAAACUACGUCGAGUGCAAGAGGCAGGAGCACGACGCUGAAGAAGACGAAACAUCCUUAUUGAAUCAAAGCCAACCAUUACACGGCGAUGAUUUAAUCGAGGAUAUGUCUGAAGGCAGAACUGUUACAAUGUUGCAGUUCGAUAUGGAUGACGAUAGGUCGUCAGCAACAUCGUCCCCGCUCAGCGUCCACUCUACCCACCUUGGCACUCCGCCAGAGCUUGAAGAGGAACUCGAUGAUAGUCCUGCCUUUUCCCCAACGCGGCAGAUACUUGACACUUUUGUCCCCGUAUCUCCUCCUUUGAGAGAAAUCAGACAUCCUGGCAUCACCCAGGACGCAAUCCGUGCCCCAAGAGCUCGCAGAUCUACAGAAAUCGAAGACUCUGCGAGUCCAGAAAUGCACAGCCCAACGCCAAACAGGGACAGUGAGCUUAAAACGCCGACAGGUUCUCUACUCUUUCCUUAUGACAAAAUUCACGGACCCUAUCCACCACCACAGGAUCAGCCUAGCUUUGUAACCCCGGACAGAAGAACGCAGGUAAAACGGAAGAGACCAUCUGAUGAAGUUCAGGGUACAAGUCCUCGCCCUACGUACAAGUCACCGGUAAGACAGCGCACAGAUUCUCCUGUAGAGAAAUGUUUGUCUCCAACUGAUCAUCGACCUAAAGAUGCUUCUCCGUGUAAGAUACCGGAUGACUUUCCUAAGCUGUGCACCGGAAAAGUUCGGUCCAUGGUUAACAAAUGGGAAGGAAUAGUGAAACAGGAACCACCAAAAAGUCCUGUGAUGACGACAAGUUCUCCCAGCACACCGGAAAUCCCCAGAUACGGGGAACGGGAUGUCAUUUCUCCGCCGUUUAGUCACCACGGCUCUUCUCCAUACUACAUGUCGAGGAGAAGAACUGAAGUAAAAUCGCCAGAGGGCGCUGUAGCCAAACAGCAGAAGGUGCCAAAGCACAACGUCGAUGUGUCUGCCAGACGACCACUUCAUGAAACUCAGAUCCUCACAGACGAAGAGGAUAGCACGGUUGCAUCGACAGAAUACGGUGUUCAGUUUCAACCAACCGCUCACGAAGACGACGCUGAAAAGGUCUUGGUGUACGGUUACGAAGUCGAGUGGGAUAUCCCGCGGUUGCAGGUCUGCCUCAGCCCGCUAGAGGGCUUCGAUGAUGACGAGGACAGUAUGAGUGAUGACGUCACCAUCAGUAGUCUGACGGAAACUGAUGGAGAGGGUGGAGUGUCUGCAUCUUUGUCGUCUCUGGAGGAGUACAUCCUCGACCCAGCCCGCAUACUCGGUAAGGCGGUCAGCCUUACAGAGCUGCCCAUGAGUCCGGUAGAGGAAGAAGAGGAAAGUCCAGCGGAGGAAAGCAGCACGCAGAGUAGCAGCAACACGAAAGAGGCGCUAAGUUCCCAUAGCGUGUGGGAAAGGCUGGGAGUACUGGAGACCCCAUGCCCUUAUUUCUGCCAAAUGUGGCUGCCGAUGCUGAAAUAUCACCUGCUGGAUUUCCAGUAGAAAAGGCAGACGUGCACAACAAACACGCUGGACAAAAAAACAAAGUGCCCUUGAACCCACGAGAGGAGUUUUACACGAAGAAGGAGUUUACUGAGUGGGUGUAGGAACAUUCUAAGUAGCAAAAGACAUAGGUUAUGGAAAGGACAGGGUGACAGUUCGUUACGCCCAAUUUGUGGUGGACAUUUUCGGUUCUGAGAACAUUACGUCAAGAUUGUGUACAGGACUGGAUAACGCUGUGUAGAUUGGACAGUGAUAAGUGUAUAUUUAAGAAAGACAGAAGGGGGUUCCAAAAGAAUUCAGCACAUGCAGAAAAAACGCUGAGAUUCUAGAACCUUUUAAAGCUUCUUAGAGGCAAUCGUCACAUUCGUGCGUUUCCCUCUUUGCCGUAUACCAGUAAUAAAGACACGCCAUGACACUUAUUAUUGAUGUAUUUUGAGUCGUUAUUGUUUCAAGCAAAAAUUGAGUUAUGUUCUCAGCCAAAAAUUUUCAUUCUGCCACAAAACCCCCGCCAUUUCUUAGUCAUAUGCAUGCUUCUAGUAGAAGAUUUGGUAAAUGUAAUGUAUCUAUUUUAGGAGGGAUCAGCUAGACUUGUGACACAGGGGCAACCGGUCGAGGAAACGUUAAAGUAUCGAAAAAGGACGGCACAAUAUAUUGAGAGAAUCAAAGGAUUUAGAAAGGAGAGGAAAGACAUAACGAGGAAGAAGCAAUGGUUGUAUGGUAUUUUAAAAAUGAAGAUAGGUACAGAUACAUUUCUUGACUUCUACAGUAGCAUGCAUAAACGACUAGAUAUGACGACGCCGAGAGCUAGCACAGCAACAAAUACAAAGGUAGUGACGUUAAAAAAUAAAGAAACUCUUAAGUUUGUGUUUGAAA